CUCCUCUCCCCCCGAUUGACGUACCGAGUUUUAUGAAGUUUCUAUACUAACCUACCACUCUACAGGCUAUAGCAGCAGCUGCUUUAUAGAAUUCAGUGAGUUUCUAGAAACCGGUACACAAUAUUACAAUAGGUAGCUGUCGGAUGCCAGAGCUGCGGUUUAUAUUUGUUAUGUUGGCUGAGGUGUAAAAUACUAAAAUCAUAACCUAAUAUGUUUUUGUGUAUCUUUUACUUUUUACUUUUUUUGUGGUGCUGCUCGACGCAUGUCGUCGUUCCUACAAGUGUCAAGUAAGUGUACGCAAUUUUCAUUUGUGUUUCUAUGUAGGUCUAUUUAAUAGUCAUUAAUUAUUGUUUAUCGUUGUCCAAUUAAUCAAAUUGGUUUCACACACCCGUAUAAAUUAUCUAGUUUGUUUUUGGUUUUAAACGUUACCUAUAAAUCUUAUCAUUGCUACGGAAUCCGUACCCGGAACCCGCUUCACGCACGUGAUAUUUUGUAUGCCAACGAUAAAUAUUUUAUUUUUCAUGCCGAUUUUUACCAAAGUUUAUAGAAUGUUCUAUGAAUCUUCGAUACCUAUUGUCGACCCGAGUUUAGAAUAAUCAAUAAUUAUUAUUUUCUUAUGCGUGACUAUGUUGACGAUACAAUAGUUUACAUUAUAUUUAAAUUAAUAAUUAUUCUGAUACGUUCCUUUUUAAAUUUCCAAUUGAAUUUUCGUUUUAUUUAAAUAUUUUUUAUUGUUAUUGUAUACCAUAGUUGUCAAUUGAAAUAUUCAUCUAUCAUAUAACCAUGUGACAAUAUCCUCAUCAAUGGCUUCAAAUUUAAGACAGUUCAUGUCGAUCAAAUAUGUAACGGGCCCAACGCAAGAGGAUAAUGAAGAGAGAAGUAUAAAAUAAAUUAUAACACAUUUCUGAGCUCUUAGUCAGUAUUCACUUGAUGCUUCAAACAUAAGAUAAAAUACACUCAAUAACUUCUAUGCCCAAUUAUUAAUUCAUUAAAAUAUUCUAAGUCUAAUUAUUAAAUCUUUACAAAAAUAUAAUUCAUAAAACAAUGACACGAAGGUAUUCGCAAAAGAUCAUAAUGGACUCGUCUGCUUUAUCGUUAUUCGGGUGGUGUUACAGGCGCAACUUCAGAGACUUACCGGGGGGGUGGGGAUCAUUAUUUUUAGCUAUAAAUAAGUUGCAGAGGCACCUUAGUCGCUUAGAAUAUACUUUGAGACAAAUAAAAAUGUACUUAAUUUCUCCUUUGUACCUAUUCAUUAUGUCUCUGAACCCCCCCCCCCCCUCGAUAGAUACACUACAGUAGUUCUACAGUACUGAAAAAAGUUGUUAAAACUUACAAAAUGAUAAUUUGGUGAAUUUUGGUAUAAAUCUGAUUAGUCAGUUAUAGUUGUUGUAUGACGCGGUUAAAUACAUUGAUCACUAAUAAUAUUUUAAUUAUUUUUAGAAUACUCGGGCCCAGGUUUUACAUCUUAAUGUCAUCAUGUUGUAUACCACGAUAAUUUAAUACAUGUAUAAUGUAUACAUUUAUAAUAUGCUUUAUCUUUGCCUAAUAUACACCCAAUAAUACUAAAUAUAGAUAAACCAUCUGUCAACUAAUGAUGGGUUUUUUGCCAAAUUAAUACACGGCCUGAGGAAGAUCAUAUUCGUAUUAUUAUAAUUCAUAUACCUCAUAAUAAUAAUAAUAAUAUGAUAAUAUAGUGUUUAAGACAAAAUAAAAUUGUUAAAUAUCUAAUUAAAUAAUCACAAUUUUUAAAUUUUUGGAAAGCCUUGGGGGGCGGUGGCCCCAGUGGCCCCUCCCCUGGAGCCACGCUUAUUGCGUCAGGUAUACUGGCAUCCUGCCCCUGCAAUGUAUUGUCCAUAGCCGCACUAUGCGGUGAUCUGUCACAUCAGGCGUAUGUCCGAAUAUCACUCGUGAGUUGAUGACUUUUGUCUACUACGUCAAUAACAAAGCACAUAAUGUAUAAAUUUUAUUUUCUUAUGCUGGCUUAUACAAGCAUAACUUGUUGUUGAAAUUGCAGUAAGGGUAAGAUUGUAUGUUACAUGUAUCUAGGCCCAUACGUGUACGUAACAUUUACAAUUUUCCUUUAUAGUAUUUUAGGUAUGGGUCCACAUGUGUUCUACGAGAGUAUUAUAUUACAUGUAAAACAAUGUUUUUGAAUUAAAUAACCAGCCUAUAAAAUAAUAUACAUGAUUAAUUUAAAGUUUUUGUCCCAGGUAUAUGAAGAAAAAACAGAUCAUUCAGAAGACAUUGAAUUAGCUGUUUCAUCUGAAGUCAAUAAGAUGAAAGAAAUAUACCAAUCAAGCUUUAGCGUGCGUAUAGAUAAUAUCAUUUAUAAUAUUGCUACUUAAGUGUUGUGUUUAAUGUAAUCUUUAGAGCCCUUGAAAAUGUUAUCUACUUUAAUUGUCAUAUUAUUAGGUAGGUAUAUUUUUCAUAAAAUAAUUUGUAUGCAUUCAAAGUGAGUAUGUUUUAUCAUACUCAAAAACAAUCAUAUACUGUUAUCUAAAUAUUUAUACCUAGGUAUAUAAUAGUUGUUGAUGAAAAAGUAUAUAAAUUCACUCAAUAUGACCAUAUAUUUUUAGAAAAUUACAUAGGUGAUAUAUAAUAUUAAAACUAUAUAUAUUUUUUUUGAAAAUAUAAUUGGUGAUAUAGUCGUAAAUAUAUUUUUAGUUGUAUACUAAAUUAUUAAUUGCAUGCGAUAUGAACAGUCAUUGUUCCCAUACACGCUGUUAUCAAUUAAAAAUAAACACCAGUUGCCUGUUUAUUUAAACAUAUUAAUUUAUUAGUAUUUUAAAAAUUUAUUAUUUAUUUACGAAAAAAAGUUUUAUUUUAUCUAUUUAAAUAAUAUAUGAAUUACUUAACAAUUAAUAUUUUAUCAUAUAAUGUUUACAUUACAGUAUUUUCCAUACACAUUUCUUUUUGAUCUGUUGGUAGUAGGGAUCAGUUUUUCUAGUUCUUUUUAUCAUUAAUUAAGCUGUGGUUUUAUAACCACUUUCACAUACAAUUCAGAGUUCUAUUCAUUGAGUGUUAGCGCUUUUAUAUUUAUGAACAUGAGGUUGGGAAUAUUUAAUAUCAAUUCUUAAAUGUGUACAAAUAAAAUUUAUAAAGCUUUAUCUUCAUAUUAAUUCAUAUUCUACCAUUGAGAACAGAAAUGUACUUAUUAAAUUUGUAUUCAUAUGGAUAUUAUCAACAUUUUCACUGUCUAUAUAAUUUGUAUCUAAUUGAAAACCGGAAAAAAAUUUAAUAUAAUUUCCACAUACUUGAUGUUAAUUUAUUUUAGUUUAUAAAGUUUUGUACUUGAUUUUAAUAUCCUUUGUAAAAUGUAUGGUACUUUCUUGUUAUUUUGACUUCAUGUGGUUUUCUGGUUAUAUCAAAAUUUCCAAACAGUACCUGUAAUGGGGUAUUUUUUUUAUUGAUAAUUAAAAGCUAGUGAAGCUAUUUUGGCCUAUUACUUAUUUUAUUUCAUUUUGCUUACAAAUCUUUUUUUGAAUUUUUAUUAAAAGCUUGGAGCUUGAACUAUAAGUGAGCCAGGUAUACACAUAACCCAUCCGCCAAAAGUAUUGUUUAUCCAGAGUUGCAAGUACAUAUAGGAUUUGAAUAGAUUUUAAACAAAUAUUUGGAAUAAAAACAACCUUGGAUAUAGGGUACCAAAAUAGCCACUUGCAAUUGUGGAAAUAAUUGAAGUGUCAGUCUACCAUAUAAGGUAAUUGAAAUAACCAAAAAGUACCAAAUGUAUACUAUCUUCAUCAUUGUCUUAAAAAAAUAAGGCUUUGAGGUAAUGAGUUUUAUUAAGUUAUUAAUAGUUGUAAUUAAAGGAGUCAAAUAUACAUUAAAGGUAACAUCCCAAUUCAAUAAUUAUUGGAAAAUUAAAGAUUGUUCUAAAGAAAUAUAAACAGUUUUCAAAUGUUUGAUAUUUAAAAUAAAUUUUAAGCUUUUGUAGGUGUAAAGUAAUAGUAAAGUAGGUGUAAUUUCUAUUUGAAAUAACCAAUUUAUUGAUAAGAAAAUUUUAUUUUAAUUUUUCAUUAAUUAUCAGAUCUGUAUAAUUUAUGUGAUUUACUCUCACAAUAGAUUGAUGAGUACAAGUUGAAAUUGUAUUUUUUCAAAAGAAUGUAGACAGAUAGAAAAUAUAAAUAAAUUGAUUUUAAAUUUAUCCAUAAAAUAGAUUUCAAAUAAAAUAUAGCUGGGCUUUUUAAGGUUUAGAUAAUUAUUAUUGUAUCAAUUUAGAACUUUUUACGAUAAAAAAUUAAUUUCAUUAAAUAGAAAAUAAAUAUUCUUAUUAUUAAAAAUUAUCAGCCGUACUAUUAAUAUAUUAUUACAAUUUACAACGAUUCCUGAUUACUUGUCAUAUUGAUAUAAUAAAGUACAUUAACGUAAAUAUUAAACAAGACUUAUGAUAGAAUCCUGUUAUACAUCAAUUGAUAGUAAUAUUUAUAUUGUCAUAUCCAUCAUUAACUUUGACUAUCUGAACUACCAAUUAUGUAAGACUUAAUUAUUAAAAAUUAAAAUUAAAAUCCCUCUUAUCUCAUUAUAGUCUAAUUUUCUAAUUAGGAGACCAAUAUUUACUACAUCAAAUCCAUUUUUAUGUACAAAAAAAAACCGACAUUAUACAUUUAUUAUUUAAAACUAAAUUGUCUACAAGAAAAACAAAAUUAUUUUUUUAAAACAAUUAACACCCUGAUUAAGAAAUUUGUCUAUAAUUUAUCAAUAAGUUUAUAUUUAUUAAGUAUUAUAUUUACCAUUUCCAACACAAUUUAUUUUUCAGUUGGUACAUACCCAUUUAGAUCUGUGNUAGCAAUCAAUAACAAAAAAAAAUUGAAAUAAGUCAUUAGUUUCUUCAUUAGAAAUUUCAACUUCUUCUGUUCAAAAUAAUAAUAUGUUACAAACAUUUAAUUGUAAUUUAAUUUAGCUAAAACUAUUAGCAAUACAUUAAUUUUAGGAUUAAUAAUUAAUAAAUAAUACUAAUUAUCUUACAGGUGACAAUAUAUAUUCAACAAGAUUUUUGGAACAUAGAAUAUUUGAACAUUUUUGAUGUUAUAGCUGGAUAUCAUACAAACAAAUUACAAAGUGUAUUAAGUAAUAAUAUAUUUAUUCAAUUUAAUACUUAUAAUACCAAUUCAGAUGCAUGGUUGACAAAGUUGCACAUGACUAACUUCAUAACUCUCAUUAUGCAUACAAUUAAUAGUAGUAUAAAUAGUAUUAAAUCAUUAAAAAUGAUAUGCUUGGAUAACUUAUAUGGUAAGUUAUAUUUUAGAUUCUGAGUGGAACAAAGAUGCUUAUGACUUUACAAAGUUUUUUUUUUUUCUUGUAUGUGCGCAACUUGUCUACCAGAAGAAGUUAGGAUUUCUACCUGUAGCACCUUUUCUAAAAGGUGUAGAGAGGUCGUUUUUUUGAUUAUUUCAAAAGUUUUCUCAUCAAAUGCGAAAAUCCUGAAAAGAAACUCGGAAAAUUUACAAAAUAUAACAAAUCUAAUAUUACAAUGUUUUUUCUAUGCAUAACUUUUCUGCCAGCAUUUCCAAUCCAACUUUUAAUGAUAGCAAUGUUUCUAAAAGGAAAUUUUACUAGGGAGAUACUCUUAGAGUGGGCAUUUUUUGAUUUUCCCAAGUUUUUCCAGAAAAUGUGAAAAGCCAGGAUAAAACAUGGACAAAUUGGUAUAACAUUUAACAAAUUUUAUUUAACAAAAUGUAUAAAGCUUAUUUAAUUAUUUUACUACAAAAUGACAUAUUUAUUGUUGACAAAGCAUCACUAUCAACUAAACUCUGCUCAGAAUCGGUUUUUUGUAAUCAAUGGUUAUCAUUGCUUACAGAUAUACAUUAAAUUCCUGCCUAUAUCCUUUCUUCCCAACAUCCAACCUUCACCAGUGGCUGCACCCAUUCCCAUUAUCUUACCUUUUUUUUAAAUUUUGUUAUAUUAUUUUGGAUAAUAUACAAUAUUUAAAAUUCAUGGACAACAGCUUUCAAUUUUUAAGGAACAAUUAACACCAUUGUUUAAAUUCUAAACAACAAUGGUGUUUUUCAUUCCUAAAAAAUUAUGUAAAGCAUGAUCAUCUAAGAAGAUAUUUUACAUUUUUAAGUAUUAUUAAUAGUAAAUUUGUCUCAAUUUUUAAAAGUAACAUUAAUUUUAUUAAUAUUGUUUUUAAUUUUGAUUUUUGUUCACCACAUUUUAUAUAUUUUUAAUCUCAAAAACAAAUAUUAAACUAUUAUGGAAUCAUGUUAAUUCUCUUAAAAAAAAAUCAAAUAUUAUUGUACACGGGUUGUAUUAAUUAUAAUAAUUUUUCAAUUUUUUAAACUUUUAGAUUAUUUCUUCAGUGUUUGUUUUAGAAAUUUAGUGAACAUUAAUGAGGUACUACUACUUUCUUAUUUUUAAUUAAAUAAUAGUAUUAUUUAAAUUUUUAAGCUAUUGAUCUUUGAAAUUCAGGAUUAUUUAUUUACAUUCUUUUAAUCCCUUGCAGUAACUGAACUUAAUGGUAUAGGAUUGGUGUUUUAAAAUUCCAUAGGUACUGUCUUUAAUUUGUCUUCCAUAUGUAUUAAUAAAGUAAUAAAAAUAUGGAUUCAGUCGCUGUUUAAGAAACUCCAUAGUAAACUAACCUAAUAAACAACCAUAUUGUUUAUUUUUUUUUAUGCCGCUUAAUAUUUUUAAACAAAAUGUAUAUUUAGAUUUUAAUUUAAUUAUUUUUAUUUUUAUGUUAUUAUUAUGACUAUAAUUAUUGUUAUUUAUUACCUAUUUAACAUUUUUAUUUUGUUACUAUACAUUAUUUUAUUAUUUAUUUGUACUUUACUGUACUAUUAUUGUAAGUUAAAAUUGCAUUACUUAUACACUAAUCUUGUCUUUAUCAUUAUUGUAUUAUUUUAUUAAAAGAUUUUUCAACCUGUUAAUUAUAAAUAAAUAAAUAAUUAAAUAUUGUAUAAAAUUACUAAAUAGUAAGUUACAUUUUUAAAUUUUGUUGUACAAUUUUAGAAUGAUAUGAAGAAUUAAAAUACAGCUCAAGAUAAAUCAAGAACAGCUUUCAACUUUGAAGGAACAAUUAACACCAUUGUUUAAAUUAUAAACAACAAUGGUGUUUUUAAUUCCUACAAAAUUAUAAGCAUGAUCAUCAAAGGAAAAGAUUUAAUUUUUAAGUAUUAUUUUAAGUUAAUUUGUUUAAAUUAUUUGAAGUAAAAUCCAAUUUAUUAAUAAUAGUUUUUAUCUUCUAAAUUAUAUUUGAAGGUGUAUUAUAUUUACUUGGUGUGAAAUAUUUAAAAAUUAUCCAUUAAAUUUAUUAUUUUUAUCAAAAAAAAAAAAACCAUUUUAAUUAUAAUUCAUGAUAACCUAUAUAGCUACAAUAUGUAAUUUUUUAUCUUGAUAUUCUUUAAAAAUAAGGUUUGAAAUAAUUCUGAGAUGGAUAUUGUUGCUUAGAACAUGUAUGCAAAACUUGUAUCCAAUCAAUCACACUGAUAAUUUUAUUAUUCGAAAAUCUUUGCUUACACAAUAUACAAAUAUGUUUUAGAAAAUAGAAGAAAACAAUUCAUUGAAGUUGAGUUUUGGUAUUGGCAUCUAACUGAGACUGCGAAUUUUUCUAUUUGUGUGAACCAUAUCGAAUAUCGGUUAAAAACAACUAUCAUUGAGAGUGACCGACUCGAAAAACAGUUAUUAGUUAAUUUAAUUGCCAUGGAGUAUCAAAAAUAAAUUACUAAUUAAAAAAAAAAUUAAAUCAGGAACUGAGAACAAGGGGAAUUACUGUUUAGCAUAAUUUUUUUAUCGAAAAUAUGGAUUUUAAUUAUCAAACAAAGUACAUACAACUUUUCGAAAAUUAUAAAUUGUAUUUUUUCAGUUUGUUCUCUGACUGUUCAUAAAGUAUUUUCUGUAUCCCUUGUUGAGCUACUUCAUGAAUACAAAUAA